CUCUCCAGUACUUGCUUCCUUGCAAAUCUAUUGGUGUAUUACCGUCACGUGCUAAGUGUAGUAGGCAGACGCACUUCCGCUCUGAUAGCAGCAUGUCAGCCGUGAGUAUUGAAGAUGCGGUCGGUCAGAUCGUUCUGCCUGGGGAUGUGCUUGUUCUUUCUACCCAGUCCCGGGAUGCUCCUCUGUCUCUGAGCGGCCCCUCUACAUCUAACAGGCCCCGGGUUGUGUGUGGCCCCGGGCUCAUGCGGCAGGAGGAUGAUCUGCUAGUGAAUAAGUGUGGGCUCCUGCGGCACAGGGACCCGGCAAUCUACUGGGUUGAUUCUCAGCAAAAGCGGUAUGUACCAGUGAAAGGAGACCAUGUUAUUGGAAUUGUAACUACAAAAUCAGGAGACAUAUUUAAGGUGGACGUUGGAGGCAGUGAGCAAGCAUCAUUGUCCUAUCUGGCAUUUGAAGGUGCAACAAAGAAAAACAGACCAAAUGUUAAGGUUGGGGAUCUUGUGUAUGGGCAGUUUAUUGUUGCUAAUAAAGACAUGGAGCCAGAGAUGGCUUGCAUAGACAGCUCCGGAAAAGCAAACGGGAAGGGUGUCAUUGGACAAGAUGGACUCAUGUUAAAAGUCUCUUUGGGUUUAGUAAGAAAACUGCUAAUUCCACAAAAUGAUAUUGUCCAGGAGCUCAUGAAUAUUUUUCCCAUGGAGGUAGUGAUUGGGAUGAAUGGGCGCAUCUGGGUGAAGGCUAAAACCGUACAACAGACUCUGAUAGUGGCAAAUUUACUGGAAGCUUGUGAAUACCUAACAGCUGAACAAAGGAAACACGUAUUUAGCAAGUUUUCAGAUAAUGUCAUAUAAACCUUGUGCUUCUCAAUGUGAGACUGAACAAAUUGCUAUACAUUGCUGUGCAAUAUGUUCCAGAACAUCUGGCCCCAUUUAUACUCCAUUUGAGUGUUUUUCUGUUUAUAACAUUGCAUUGGUAAUUAUUCUUGAAUUUCUAAUAUGUAAGUCUAUAUAAAAAAUAAAACUAUUUUUAUUGUUGCUA